GGCAUUUGUUGGGCUGCUGCUGAAGACGCUUCUUGUCUCCGGAGCUCCGAGGAGACGGAUGAACAUCAGAGGCACUGAGCAGCCUCCAGACUCUGAGGACGGAGCACAAUAACACGCAGAGGAAGACUGACGCCGAUAAAGGAAAGAGGACAACUCCAGAGAGGAAGAUGGCUGACAGGGAGCCGGAGCCUGUGGCUGAGGCACCUCCGCUGCAGGAGGAGGAAGAGGAGCAGCUGCAGAGCUCUGCGGAGACGGCUGAACCUGAUGAAGGGUCCGAAGAACCGGAUGAAGUCAUGAAGCCAGCCCGACCUCUGCUUUCCAUGAGGUCCAUGAGCACCGUGGACCCGGACGAUGACUACCCCAACAUGACUGUUUACAGGAAGAUUGAAGACAUUGUCACUCGUAUUCAGGAUGAGACGGAAGGUGUUCCCAUCCGAACUGUCAAGAGUUUCAUGACGAAGAUCCACAGCGUUGUAACGGGAGCAGAUAUUGUUCAGUGGCUGCUGAAGAAUCUGUCCGUUGAAGAUCCAGCUGAAGCCAUGCACAUUGGGAGUCUCAUCGCAGCUCAGGGAUACUUCUUCCCCGUCUCAGAUCACGUCCUCUGCCUCAAAGACGAUGGCACUUUGUAUCGCUUUCAGGCGCCAUAUUUCUGGCCGUCCCACUGCUGGGAGCCUGAGAACACCGAUUAUGCUAUCUAUCUGUGCAAGCGGACCAUGCAGAAUAAAACCAGGCUGGAGCUGGCAGAUUACGAGGCGGAGAACUUAGCGAGGCUACAGAGAGCUUUUGCAAGGAAGUGGGAGUUUAUCUACAUGCAGGCUGAAGCCCAGGUCAAGAUUGACAGGAAGAAGGAUAAAAUGGAGAGGAAGAUCCUCGACAGCCAGGAGAGAGCCUUCUGGGACGUCCACAGACCCGUGCCUGGAUGUGUGAACACCACCGAGAUGGACAUCAGGAAAUGUAGACGGAUGAAGAAUCCUCAUCGAGUGAAAAAGACAGUGUAUGGUGUGGUGGAGGAUGGAGUCCAGUCGCAGAGUCCCGUGCACACCUCCUUACAUCACCGCAGGAAAGGAACCAAAGAGGACGUGGAAAAAGAGAUCUUGUUUCUGAACACGCAGCUGGAUCGUCACUGCCUGAAGAUGUCCAAAGUUGCUGACAGCCUGAUCAGCUACACUGAGCAGUACAUCGAGUAUGACCCGUUUUUGACAGCACCAGAACCGUGCAAUCCCUGGACCAGCGAUGACCCCACCUUCUGGGAUCUAGAGGCCAGUAAGGAGCCCAGUCAGCAGAGGGUGAAGAAGUGGGGGUUUUCUCUGGAGGAGGCCCUGAAGGACCCGGCAGGACAGGAUCUCUUCCUCAAGUUUCUGGAGUCGGAGUUCAGCUCUGAAAACCUGAGGUUCUGGCUCGAGGUGCAGGAUCUGAAGCGGGUGCCCCAGCACGAAGUGGCACACAGGGUGGAGGACAUCUGGGCAGAGUUCCUGGCAGAAGGAGCACUCAGCACCAUCAACCUGGACUCGCACAGCUACGAACGGACCAGCCAAAACCUGAAGGACCCCGGACGAUACAGCUAUGAGGACGCACAGGAUCACAUAUACAAGCUGAUGAAAAGCGACAGCUAUCCUCGUUUCCUGCGCUCCAACGUGUACCAGGACCUGCUAAUGGCCAAGAAGAAACCUGAAACGGAGCAGGGACGCCGCACCUCCCUGGAGAAGUUCACCCGCAGCGUGGGCAAGUCACUGACAGGCAAGCGACUCACGGGCCUCAUGCAGUCAUCUUGACAAGCUCUGGGUCUCCAGCAGGACGACUCAAACCCUGAUGAGAUGCCUGCAGAUGGGUAGCAGCUGGACAAGGACCCUUUGUUUGGGGGUGGAGGAGGACAUGAAACGAGCUCAGACUGCCAGACUGGAACAUUUAUACCUGGAUCUCACCUCAGAUGAGUUGAAGACCGACAG